AUGAUGAGGAGAUCAUCAUCAUCAUCAUCAUCAUCAUCAUCAUCAUCAUCAUCAUCAUCAUCAUCAUCAUCAUCAUCAUCAUCAUCAUCAUCAUCAUCAUCAUCAUCAUCAUCAUCAUCAUCAUCAUCAUCAUCAUCAUCAUCAUCAUCAUCAUCAUCAUCAUCAUCAUCAUCAUCAUCAUCAUCAUCAUCAUCAUCAUCAUCAUCAUCAUCAUCAUCAUCAUCAUCAUCAUCAUCAUCAUCAUCAUCAUCAUCAUCAUCAUCAUCAUCAUCAUCAUCAUCAUCAUCAUCAUCAUCAUCAUCAUCAUCAUCAUCAUCAUCAUCAUCAUCAUCAUCAUCAUCAUCAUCAUCAUCAUCAUCAUCAUCAUCAUCAUCAUCAUCAUCAUCAUCAUCAUCAUCAUCAUCAUCAUCAUCAUCAUCAUCAUCAUCAUCAUCAUCAUCAUCAUCAUCAUCAUCAUCAUCAUCAUCAUCAUCAUCAUCAUCAUCAUCAUCAUCAUCAUCAUCAUCAUCAUCAUCAUCAUCAUCAUCAUCAUCAUCAUCAUCAUCAUCAUCAUCAUCAUCAUCAUCAUCAUCAUCAUCAUCAUCAUCAUCAUCAUCAUCAUCAUCAUCAUCAUCAUCAUCAUCAUCAUCAUCAUCAUCAUCAUCAUCAUCAUCAUCAUCAUCAUCAUCAUCAUCAUCAUCAUCAUCAUCAUCAUCAUCAUCAUCAUCAUCAUCAUCAUCAUCAUCAUCAACACUGGGACAUUAA